CCCUCGCCUCCUCCUGCUCUCCUGUCUGCGGCUUGCCUCUCGCUCCUCCAUAUCUUCCCCGCCGCUGCUUUCCCGAAAGGUCUGACUACUGUACAGUACAGUAGCCCAUCCUGCACCUCGCUGCCAAAGCCGAUAUCUCCAAGAUGAACAAAGUUAGACAGUUGGACCUCAGUGAGACCAACAUCGCCGGUUUGGGAACAGACCUCGAGAAGAAAGUUCGUCUUUCGGCCGCUGAGACGGAGAAGGCUUGGGAGGGCGUUGGGAAGAAGCCCGGGCUCCGAGUCUGGCGCAUCGAGCAGUUCAAAGUGGUCGCGUGGCCCGAGGCUCAAUAUGGCAGCUUUCAUACCGGGGACUCUUACAUUGUGCUGAACACGUACAAGAAGCCCAAUACCGACGCGUUGCUCUACGAUGUUCACUUCUGGCUGGGUCUUGAGACAACGCAGGACGAAGCGGGGACUGCGGCUUACAAGACUGUGGAGCUCGAUGAUUUUCUGAGGACCUCGGCUGUCCAGCAUCGCGAGGUUCAAGGAGCCGAAUCCAUGUUGUUCUUGUCGUACUUCAAGUUCUUCACAAUCCUCGAAGGCGGCACCAACACCGGCUUCCGCCACGUCGAGCAAGAAAAACAGUUCACCCCCCGCCUCCUCCACAUCUACACCCUCCCCUCGACCACCCCCUGCCUCCCCGGCAAGAAGCCCGCAAAGACGCUCAUCGUCAAACAGGUGCCUGCGACCACAGCGAGCCUCAACUCGGGCGACGUGUUUGUGUUGGAUGGCGGCAAGGAGAUCUGGCAGUGGAAUGGGGCCGAGUCGGCGGGAAUGGAGAGGAAUAAGGCGGCGGAGUAUGUGAGGAAGUUGGAUGAUGAGAGGAAGGGGGCUAGUGUUACUGUCUUCGACGAACGCGAAGCCGACACCGCCCGCUUCUACGCGAAAUUGGGCGGCACAUCGGGCCCGAUCGCUUCAGCUGCCGAGGGAGCCGCGCGUCUAGCCAAGGCAACCUCCUUGACCGAUCUGAACCAUGAGAAGGCGCUGUUCCGCUUGUCCAACGCUGGUGGCGAGUUGAAGUUUAGCGAGGAGGCGAAGGGCAAAGUCAAGAUGACUUCGUUGGAUGGGAAUGAUGUGUUUGUCUUUGAUUGUGGAGUCGAAGUCUUCGUAUGGGUCGGAAAAGCCACUGACGCUGAAGAACGCAAGAAAUCCUUGCAAUACGCACUGGAAUACAUCAAACAAAACGACCGUCCCCCGCAGGUGCCCGUCACGCGAUUGUUGGAGGGUGCUGAGAACCAGAUCUUCUUGGAUGCUUUUGAUCUCUGAUUCUCGUGUGGUUAAAGAGUUGAGGAAGAGGGGACACACCUCGAACUAGCUGUAAGGACAUUCAUUGGACACUCGUUGAGUCAACAGGACGUUCAUGACAGAGGAACAAUACAUCGUCAGCUUAACACUCGAGUGAUCAAAAAGUGUCUGUGUUGCAUAGAAGUCCAAAAAAGAAGAGCAAACUUAUUUACAUGAAGUAGCGCCAUACGUCAGAACAUGGUGGAGGAAGGUCCCCGAAAUCCGAGCCAAUAUAUACAUGAGUCGUACGCUUGUACGCCGCCUAAGUCAAUAAUAGGUGUUGCAAAGCCUUUGCCGUCUCUCAAGCGGUGGUCCAUGCUACCUGAAACUCCUCCCUAGUAUAAACGCACACGCCACGGCUAACCCACCACCCAUCAGAACACUCAUCAUACCCCUCCCCUCCCUCCUCCCCUCCC